CUCGGCUGCCCAGGCCACACUGCACUUGCUCUGUCUCUGCCUGGGUCCUCCAGGGCCUUUUCCCGAAAGCUCGGCCCUUCAGAGCCCCGGGCGGGCUUGCUGAUGUUGGGGUCGGCCUGGGACUUCCUCGGAGGCAGUGCAGGGACAAGUUCAGACGGUCCAGAGGGCUGCAGGUGUUGGACAUCAGCAGGGGCCUGGAAAGUGCUGGCGAGCCGUAAUGCUGGCCAGCAACCUGUGGGAGGGCUCACGAGGGACCUCGGGAGAAAGUGAGGUCGGGAAGAUGUGUUGAAAUGCUUCUCAUCUGCUGGUGGACGCGUCCAACGUCGGAGACAACUGUUCGUGGUGUCCAUCAGCUGCUGAACAAGCGGUAAUGUAGCAGGUGGCGAUUUAGGAGAUGGACUCAGCACCUGAAAUAGCUGGGCUAAGCUGUCAUCCUCUUUAGAGGUGUGGGGGCACAGUUGGUGCUAUUUUCACUUGUCCACUAGAAGUCAUUAAGACGAGAUUGCAGUCUUCGAGACUAGCUCUUCGGACCGUCUAUUAUCCUCAGGUUCAUCUGGGGACCAUUAGUGGAGCUGGAAUGGUGAGACCAACGUCAGUGACACCUGGACUUUUACAGGUUCUGAAGUCGAUCUUGGAGAAGGAGGGACCAAAGUCACUUUUCAGAGGCUUGGGUCCAAAUUUGGUUGGAGUCGCGCCAUCAAGGGCCGUGUACUUCGCGUGUUACUCCAAAGCCAAAGAGCAGUUCAAUGGCAUUUUUGUGCCGAACAGCAAUGUCGUGCACAUCUUCUCAGCUGGCUCUGCAGCUUUUGUCACAAAUUCCUUAAUGAAUCCUAUAUGGAUGGUGAAAACCCGGAUGCAGCUAGAACGGAAGGUGCGAGGCUCCAAGCAGAUGAACACACUCCAGUGCGCUCGCUAUGUUUACCAGACGGAAGGCAUCCGUGGCUUCUACAGGGGGUUGACUGCCUCCUAUGCUGGAAUUUCAGAAACUAUCAUCUGUUUUGCUAUUUAUGAAAGUUUAAAGAAGUAUCUGAAAGAAGCUCCAUUAGCCUCUUCUACAAGUGGGACUGAGAAAAAUUCCACAAAUUUUUUUGGACUUAUGGCAGCUGCUGCUAUUUCUAAGGGAUGUGCCUCCUGCAUUGCUUAUCCACACGAAGUCAUAAGGACGCGGCUCCGGGAGGAGGGCACCAAGUACAAGUCCUUUGUCCAGACCGCUCGGCUGGUCUUCCGAGAAGAAGUUCUCCGCUUGCUUCUGCACCAAGGCCUUGAAGUGAAGGGACUGAGCACCUGGAGCAGGAAGAGACCAGCGGGAGGACAGCGAUGCCUCCUCUCCAAAGCGGCUGCUUGGAUUGAAAAUGGAAAAUAUCACUGUCGGAGCUGCUAAUGGAGAAAUCCCAUGAUUUCUCUCUGUCUUUUCCACAAGCUUAGUCAUUGGGGUUUUGUUAUUUUUAAGUAGUCGUUUAAUAAGACUUUUAGAACCCUCAUUGCUUACCCAUUGUGUUCCAAGCACUGUGCAAAGUGUUAUAUAUUUUCUCAUUUAAGGUAAUUCUGACAACCUUGUGGGGCAGGUAUCACCACCAUCCACAUGUUACAAACGAGAGGCUCCGAGGCUACAGGACUGGCUUGAGGUCUUGGAGACAGUAGGUAGUAAACUGACCAAGAGUGUUUGCACUGCUUGUUGAGUAGGUGAAUAUAAGGGAGAGGGGCUGCUGAGCUUGUGGAAUGACCUGACCCUGAAGCUGAGGUCCAGCCGACCAUUCCAUUCUGCUCACUCCAGGACUAUGAUUGCACUGAUGAAGGUGCCCUUACACUAGAAGUGCCCGGGACGGAGGUGUUGGCUGCCUUCUUUGUCCACGUGGAUCACAGAGCCCUUUCUUUGAGCAGACGUGACACAGACACUGAAUCUUCUUGGAAAGAAAAUGGUUCUUAAAUACGCCACACGCUUUGAAGGAGGCUUCACGGCUGUUUGUUCAUCUGUGGUGAAACCAGCAGGACGCAAAGGAAAGGCCUGUGCUCUGACACCCACUCCAGGAAGGAGGAGCUUCGAGUGCAGGCUCUACUCACCCCCUGGGUUUCUGCCCUGCUCAUUCCCUCCUGCCGUUGCUGGUGAAUGCACUGACUAGGGUUUGGCAUAGAUUAACUGGCCCAGGAAACCCAUCAACCCAUCACUAUCCACCACAGUAAGAACUCUGAUGUUGACCUCGAAAAACACUGGGAAUGUUGUGGGAACACUGAAACAUUAUAUUGUGAUACAAAUAUUUCCGACUAGAUUUUUUUUAGGUGUAAAGGUAAUUUAGCUCAAACCAGUAAUACUAAAACGCUUGCAUAAAGUAAUUCUCCCCUAGAUCCACCCCCCCUCAGGUAACUUUGCAAUUUGGUGUUAACCAGCCUCUUUCUACAAACAUACACAUAUGGGAGUUUAUGCAAACUUAGGUAUCAUCAAAAUUAAUGUGUUGCUUUUUUUUGAAGUAUAGCAUCCCUCCAGGCCAAUACCUAUAACUGACAUUCUGGCGGUUGCAUUACGUCCCAAUACAGUAUGUCCUGUUUGUUCAACCUCGUCCCUAUCGGUGCAUGUUUCUAUAAACUAGUUUUUUGACCAU